AUUCAACACGACUUUGUAGCAUUCCGAGCCUAUCGCUCCCCCGCCCAAAAUGGCAGUGUAGCGGCUUGCAGCGGCAAACACAGCAACGGCAAACCCGGCAGUGCAGCAGUGAAUUGCACUGGCUCUAUUUGGCAAAAUGGCGUCCCUCGAGGCAACAAUCCUCAGCUCUGCUGCCGUCGACAGCAUAAAAGAACCCCUCGACUCAUUGUCAGAACCCCUGUUUGUACUGUCUCUGACUAGUAGCAGCUAUGGCUCUGAGUUCACAGCUAGCUUUGGAGGACAUGGGGACCCUGUUCUUGGGGUCCUCGUAUCUGAUGGCUGACCCUUUUGGGCCCCUUCUGGACGAAGAUGAUCAACCUCUGUCAGAGGGGCCGCCUUCGCCCCUCUCUUCCUCCUAUGCUGAAUCUUCCAUCUCUUCCCCCUCCCCUCCUCCCUCUCCUUCCUCUCUCCUAGGAUGCAAAGCUGGGUCUGACCUGCUGUCGCUUCCUUGGCUGUCUGCCGAUGAGCUAUUUAAUGCUCAUGCUGAGGCAGACAUUAGCAAAGAGGAUGCGUUCACUGGUAUGGACUGGAUGACGGAGAAGAUUGACUUGAGCGACUUUGAUCUGGACUCAAUCAUUGGGUCCUGUGAUUCAGAUGAGCCGCCAAGUUCUCCAGAAGAGCUUUUGGCCUCCCUAGAUUCCCAGAUGGAUCUGGACCUGGAUCCCCUCCCUUUCCCAGACACCCCAGCCCAGGGAGAGUUGGGCAUCCCAAUACCAGAGCUCCCAACGCUCCCAGUCAAACUCCCACCCCAAGAGUCCCAGUCUGAGCCAGAAAUCAGGCCAGAGCCUGUUUCUGUCGAGGUAGAAAUCAAAUCUGAGCCCCCUUCUCCAGCCCCACUACCAAUCCCUCCUCUAUCCCCUGCAUUCACCCUGGAGCUUGGGAGUGAAGUGGAUGUCUCAGAGUUGGAAAAGGUGGUGUCAAAACCACUCGAUGAGCUCCAAGCUUCUAGUAUCGUGCUCUCCCUUCCCCAGGCCCACAUCGUCGUUCUCCUCACACCUAAAGAAGAGUCAAGCACUGUGCUCAACACAAGCACUGACCAAUCUGACAGCGACAGUGGCAUUAGCUCCACCACAAGCUCUCCUGUACAUCAGCCAAGUCCCGCACCAUCUCCUGAGCCUGUCAGUUCUUCCCGGACCAAACCCUACUCCAAGCCCGACCCAGAUGCUGUGCCCGCUGUCUCUGGUAAAGUCAAGUCUGUGUCAGGGGCGCCCAAGUUGAUCGAGAAGAAACUGAAGAAGAUGGAGCAGAACAAGACUGCCGCUACCCGCUACAGGCAGAAGAAACGUGCGGAACAGGAGACCCUGAAUGCCGAAUGCUCUGAGCUGGAAAAGAGGAACCGGGAACUGGCAGAGAAAGCCGACUCCAUCAGCAGGGAGAUCCAGUACCUGAAGGAUCUGCUCGAGGAGGUGCGGUCUGCCAAGAACCGGAAGAGCAAGAGCAGCUCCGUAUAAAAGAGUGGUGAAGGCCGAAGGAGAGUUGAAGGUUUAGAUCUAAAGCUCUUACGAGGGACCGAGAGAUUUGAGGAAGCAGCGGUGUCUUGGUCUCUCAGUCGUUCACAUACUCUCCUUUUCACAAAUGCCCAAGAUUUGUAGUUUGUCAUAUUGUGUUGUAGUGAGAAAAGUGAUUAUGAUGUUCAGUAAAAUCUUGUCUCCAGUGAUUUGUCGUGUUAUUCCUGGAAGGAUGUGACUUUUUAGACACGCUGUCAAUGUUAAGGGUUUCAUGUCUUCCCUUUUUCAUGCUAAUUUUUUCAGAGUUCAUAAGUAAAAUAAGUCCAGUAAGGGGUCUUAAGAUUUAUGUAAUUGUUGCAUUGAAUCCCUCAGCCAUAAAUGUAAAUAGCUUCACUUCAGCUUUUUGGCUUUGUUGAACUUAGUGGGAUGUUCUCGGGUUAUAUGCUUGUAAAAAUGCGUUGCUGUUUUCUAUUAAAGCUUUAUUGAAAUUGAA